ACUGGAACUGAGACGAUCAUUGUUGACCUGCAGAAAAAAACGAUCUAAUAUUUUACGAGAAUCCUUAGAAAGCUUUUUGAGAUUUGAGGAGGCCUGUUGUCACCAAGCCUCAAAACAUCAAUUUACUGACUAACAUAGCAUGUAAUAAUAAUAAUAAUAAUAAUAAUAAUAAUAAUAAAGAUGUGGUCGUCAAAAGAUGAAGAUGCUCCACAAGAUAGUUUGAAUACAGUAAUGAUUCUGGCGCAGAAGUUAAAACUGAGCAAACCUGAGACAGGCGUAUGUAUGUACAAUAGCUUUUGCUGUGGCGACAUGAAAAAAACGAGUAGUCCGCGUGAUGACAAAAACAGCUCGCAGAGCAGUAAACAAUCCGUCUGGCGCUUCAAUAGAUGUAAAACAAAGUCAGGAACUUUUGUACAAUCUAAUGGAAUUGGUGAUCAUUCUCACAGGGAUACGGGAGCGAUUAAUGGAGAACUGAGUCCAAUACUGAAAGCAAGAAACCAAAUAAAUCAGCCGCGAAACCCGUUAAAAUCUCAAACAGCGAUUGAUAUUGAUUCUGAUAUUGACGAGACGACAAGUUCAAAUGAUAGUGAUUUUUCAGAUAUUUACACAAGUGAUGAUUGCUGUAAAGAACCACCACACGUUGGUCAGUGUCCUGGUUAUAAUUCUAGCAGUGUGGACAAUGCAUCUGUAAAUAAAAGCCAUGUGGUUUAUGCGAAGAAACCUGUCGAUACUGUGGUUGAAAAAGACGCGAAUGAGAAUUUUGAUACACACCAGAAGGAAGAUACUAAGAUCUCUGUAGCAAAAGAUAUCUCAAGGGAACAAAUCUCUUCUGAUAAUACCCAGGCGUUUACUGUUCAAACAAACCAAAAACCCGUCAAUCUCAUUGAAAAAAACAAUGAAGGUUCCUUUACAAACAAACAAACAGCUAGAGCUUUCUCAACUUCAAAAGAAAGCACGUCAUUUUUGCAACCAUGUUCUUCUGAGCAAAAAAUUCAGACUAAUCGGCAUGAUUUAGAAUCAAAAGACUCAAAAGAUUCCUCUGGAGUUAAAGACAAUAAUUCAAAUUCCAGGAUUCAUCGAUUGACUGUUGAUAAGAACCAACUUAACUCCAAAGAAAUUAACGGGUCUUUUGAAGAUGAGCCUCCUUCAUUAGACAAAACAGAAACCGAUAAACAAAUGCUAUCCAUCAAUAAAUGCAACGAUUUUAUAAGGAACAAUUACUUUUCUGAAGCCAGUGGAACUUUACCAAAAGGCAGUGAGAUUAAUAACUCCGGAAGAAAACUUUCUGGAAGCAACACACAUGACUUUGGUAAAAAACUGAAUAUUUUACAAGGAGAAUUGGUACAGCUGCGACAACAUGAUGAACAACUUGCCUCACAGUUCUUACAGAUAUACCGAGACAUCCAAAUACUGAAAGUGCAAAGGGCCUGUCAAACCCACCAAGAUCUUUUGGACGAUGCAAUCGAUGAAGUUGAAGAAAGAGACCGAUUGAUUGAUUUGUGCGACACACCACCUCUCAAGUACAGUGAAUCAAAACUAAGACACUGUGGACUGACCAAGAUGAAUAUAUGUUCAAGGCGGUUCUCCUGUAGUUAGAUGAGGAUGACGAUAAUUAAUGGCAAUAAAAAAUAAUCAUAAGUGA